UGUGACGUCACUGGGCUCCUAGUGGCGGAGGAGAGGCGACAUGUGUGGUGGCUGCGUGAAGACGAAGUACCCGUCUCGGGGUAACAUCUGCUUGGAGAAUGGGUCUUAUUUGCUGAACUAUCUGGGUUGCAUCGAGUGUAAAAAGAGGGAUUUUGUAAUGAUAACAAACAGAACAUCAGAGGAAGAGGAUGGAGAGGAAAUUAUCACUUAUGAUCAUGUAUGUAAGAACUGUCAUCAUGUGAUAGCCAGACAUGAGUAUUCUUUCAGUGUAGUGGAUGAUUAUCAGGAGUAUACUAUGCUGUGCCUGCUCUGUGGCAAGGCAGAAGAUUCUAUCAGUGUCUUGCCUGAUGAUCCUCACCUGAUGACUCCAUUGUUUUGAAGUUUAUUUUUUUAGAUCAGUUCUAGCGUGUUGGUUUGCUACUAAGGAAAGCAUGUCAUUAAACUGAUACUUUUAAAAAAAAAUCACAACCACUCUGUGUUGAGAAUGAAGUGAUAUAAUCCAUCACUAAGAUAUUUAGGCUGAAACUUAUUUAUUUAUUUACUUUAUUUCUCUCCCACUUUUCUUCCCAAUGGGAACCCCAAGCAGCUCACAUCACUCUCCUCUCCUUCAUUUUGUCCUUACAAUAGCCCUGUGAUGCUUGUCAGGCUCCGCUUCCAUGGCGGAGUGGGGUUUUGAACCUGUGUCUCCCAUAUCUGUUCUUUCUUACCUAUCCAUAUAGUGUUCCCUGAACUUGCAGGUGGCAUAUAAGGUGGCUGGUGGAAGCAGUUACCUCUGAGGUAGCUGUAGGACCUCCUUGCUAAGAGAUUGGUUUUUUUCCUGACAAUGCUAUCUGACCAAAGGUAAAGGUGCAAGCACGGAGUCAUUACUGACCCAUGGGGGGACAUCGCAUCACGACAUUUUCUUGGCAGACUUGUUAUGGGGUGGUUUGCCAUUGCCUUCCCCAGUCAUCUACACUUUACCCCCAGGAAACUGGGUACUCAUUUUACCGACCUCAGAAGGAUGGAAGGCUGAGUCAACCUUGAGCCGGCUAUUUGAACCCAACUUUCACCAGGAUCGAACUCAGGUCAUGAGCAGAGCUUGGGCUGCAGUACUGCAGCUUACUACUCUGCGCCAUGGGGCUCCUGACCAAAGGAGAAUACUCAUACUGUUUUAUAAUUGACUUAUUCACAAAUGACAGUAAGUAAGAGCUAAUGAAAUGAAUCCUCAACAGGAAAAUGGACAAAGAGGAAUCACACAGCUUCUUUGCUCUAUAGCCACAGGGAAGGUCCUGAUUGACAUUUAAUUGCAGUGAAUUAACUGUGUAAUUAAAAUUCUAUGCUGACCCUGUUGAUUUAACAACUUUCUGUGAUUCAGUUAUAGUACAAGCCUGUGUGGUACAUGACCAUUUCUGUCUGGCUUUGAUUAGGAUGUCACCGCUGGAUGAAGUACGGGAGAGAAUGCAUCAGAUACAAAAUCAAAGGAAAUGCAAACUUUCACCCUUUGUGAAUGGAGAUAUUUGUCUCUGUUUGGCUACUGCAAGGAUAUACAUAGUGAAGUAUGGAACAGUGCCAUCACACAAACUUUAUUUCUUGCAAUCAAGAAGAAGCAGGGGAGUAACUGGCACUCUCUAGUUCUAGGAAGAGAUAAUUGAGAAAUGAGGUAUACAUAGGGUUGCCAUUUGUCUGGGUGUGGUGGGCAUUCUCCCACUAAAAUCUAGGACUGCCCACUAGUGACAGAGAAAAACGACAGAAAACCAGCAGUGAUGCUCUGUGAUUUUCCUUUUUAGUUUGUACAGUAAAACACCCUUGAGACAGAGCAUCUGUCCCCUCUGUGACCCGCCCUUGCUUCCUGGCACCCCUUGCCUAGCUCUCGUACUGCAUCUACAUGGGGCUACCUCCUCCACUGCUUGGCACCUAUUGGGACAAGGAUGAGAGCAGCCUGCUGCUUGAAGCGUUGUGGUGUGACCAGUUCCAGCAGCCAGUCCUUUCCAGGAGUGCCUGUUGGCUAGGCUGGCUCCCCCCUCUUCCCUGUCUGAAGCCUUGCUCCGUCGGAUUUCACCAACUGGUUGAUGUGUUUGUAUACUGUGAGAGACCAUUUAUGAAAUUAUGCCCGUGAGGAAGUCUAGUGUACGAAACGCUGGCAAAAGACCCAUAAGGCUGUUCUUGAAGAGUCUUUAUAGCUCCAUUUCCAUCUGGAGGAUGGUCGUCUCUCUGCAAAAUGAAAAUAUGGAAAUAUGAAAUAUGAACUGAAUUUUAAUGUAUUGUCGAAGGCUUUCACGGCCAGAGAAUGAUGGUUGUUGUGGUUUUUCCGGGCUGUAUUGCCGUGGUCUUGGCAUUGUAGUUCCUGACGUUUCGCCAGCAG